GACAGAAGUUAGCAGGAACUCUGGGGAAGUCCAGCACCCUGGAAGAUAACUCUUGGGGGCCUGAUUUUGCAUACAGUAACUGUGCAUCUGAUAGAAAUUUGACUGAAUUUUUUUAUGUAAGUAUCAAAUAUACAAUUAUUUAUUGGGGAAAAAUGUGAAAAUUACAAGCUCAAAUUAGAUACUCGUGGCUUUAUUUAUAAAAGUGGCUUGAUAUUUGACCGUCCAUUGUCUUAAUGGCUAUCCAGGAGUAAUCAGAAUCCUGUAACUGUCAGGUCAUUUGAUGAAGGCACCCAAAUGCAGACUCCAUGUGUUCUACACUUCUUUUUCUGCUGGAUCUACCUGGCCUUUUUCACACAUUAGGACAGAGAGUUUGAAAUUUGAAACUGCUCAAUAUAGGGUAUGGUCUUUCCAUAUGUUUAUGUCAUUUCUGCAGACUGGAACUUCCAGAACAGAUGGCUUGAAAAUUCUGAAGAAUCAGACUUGGACACUGUCUUAAAAGUCUAUGAAACAUGUUACUUAAUUAUUGUAGUGGGAAAGUUGGUUCAGUGUGGAAGAAAACUUGAGAGACUAGAGUCCAGCCUUUUUUUGCUCAUUCCACACAGAUUGCUUUUUAUGCCUUUUUACUUAUACCUCCUUCUUUUAAGCAGUUUCUGAUUUCUUUUUCUUCUGAUUUUCUACUAUAACAGUGUCUUCUUUCCCUUCUCUUUGUUAAAUCAUAAGUUCAAUUUUGAAACUUUUAUUCUACAUUCUGAGUUAAGAUGAUGAGUGAAAUAGAAUAAUAUAUUUUAUUUUGAAGCAAAAUUUCUUAGCAAUAGAAUAUUUGGAGAAAUUAAAGAUGAACUGCACAUACUUCUGGGAAUUUGGCUGACUUUUAAAAUACUGAAAAAUGGAAAGAAGAUGCAUAGGAAAGUUAUACUUCCUUGCCUAGUCCUGUGGGCAAUGAAAAUUACUGAUGCUUGUCCUGCGCAGAUUCAUACUUUCCUCUUUUAAGAUCUUGGGGUUGCUAGUUUCUUACUGCUAGUGGCUUAAAUCGAAAGUAUUUAGAUUUUCUUCUUAUUUUUUUUCUGGCAUUGGAAAGGGCUAAAAUCACUGUGUUUGUGAAUUAGACAGGAAAGACAAUAUGAGCAUGACUGAGGCAGCCUCUUUUUUUCUUGCAGUCUGCUAGUUGAGGGAAAUUGCAUAGCUGGUUUUAGGAGUAAGCUUUAGAGUGUAUGGUAAUGACAAUGGUAAUAUUAGCUUGCUCUCAAAUAGCAGCUCUUUUCCUGUGUGCUACUCUCUGAGAAAAUUUUUAGGGAAAAAAGAAAGAGAGAGAGGAUGACUGGCUAACCUCGUGUAAUGAUAACUGCUAAUAAAAAUAAAGUAGUAUCCGCUCAAGCAUUCUUAUCUUUAUAGGAGGUUAACAUAAUUGCAUCUCUAGCAUAGUCUUUUAAGUCUUGAAUCAUCAUCUACUUUUUGGAAGAGAAGAAUUUAUUGCAAUAUGUUUGCAAGGAAAAAUGGGAAGUUGAUUUGAUCCUUUUUCAUGUGUUUCACUCCCUUUGGAACAAGUACAUUCCUAGCAAAUCUUACACUUGACACAGCAGAAAAUGUGGACUGAGCAACUUUUUCUAAUUAAAAUCCCUCUAAUGUUACUCUAAAUGUUGAGAUUUACACUAUCACAUCCAAUUCAUUAAACUAAAACUGCAAAAAAAAUUCAGAAGGUUCUUUUAGGUAACUGCCCGUUGUCUCCUGCUGUAUUUGAAUCCUUUGCCAGGAAGGGAAAAAUUGCAAAGCAUUUGUAUUUUACAACGUAGCACAUGCCAUAGCUGUGAGCUGAGGUGAUCAGUUGUCCAAGACUUGCACAGGAUUUAUAUCCCUAUACUGAGAAACUUAAGUGAGAAAACUCUCAAAGAAUACAAUCUCUUCUAUUUUGUUGUUGUUUUGUUUUGUUUUAGCUGUGCUGCUGUAGUCCAAGGCCACCUCCAAGGCUUUCCUUUCCCCAAGCUGAAUGGCUGCAGGCACCUCAUUAUCAUGACUUGUGUUGCUGUCUUCAGCAUUUUAAAAAGUCUUUUUCUAUUUCUCCAGCAAUAAGAAUCUAGUCAUUUGCACUGCUACUCUUAACCCUUACAGAAAGAGUUUCUCUAAAAACCAUCCAUCAGGGGCCUCAGCAUGGGUUAUACGUGCUCUUGCUGUAAAACAACCCCAACACCUAACUUGAUGAGGACUUGGAGAAAACCGUAGUUGCUGAUGUGUACUGGCAGUUUCUGUAGCCAGUGUACCAAUGUGAUUUCUCAUACUGGCGUAGCUCAAAGUAUGUGGAGAAAUAUCUAGAAAGUCACUUCAAUCUUAUUUUCCCCUUCCAUGGUGUCACUCCUUUCUGGCACUUUAGGCUAUAAAUUUCUUUAAGAUUCAUCCUGACACAGAUUUAUCGGUGAGACUAAUGAAGCUUUAGUACUUUCCAGAGUAGGACAUGCUGUAGUCUGGGAGGCUGUUUUGUCUACUCAACUGUACAGCCCACCACCCCAUUCACAGUGUACCCAGCCAUACUUUUGAAUCCUUGUAAAUACUGCAGGAAUUUAUAUACUUCAUGCUGAUUUAUCCUUAAUUGCAGACCACAGUUUCUGUGUGUCUGGCAUUAAGCUGUUGCAUAUGAGUUAAGACCAUGUUGCCAGCAGACUGCGUUGUUACCAGUCCAACUUGUUUAGUGGCAGGAAUGCUGCCAAAGCCUGCAAAUCUAAUAAAACCAACCAUAGCCAUCAGCCAUAGUAGUUUUGCUAGUAUUGAUCCUUAAUUUAAUAUUGUGAGUUGUUUUUGCCCUUUCUAUUAAAUGUAAGUACUUGGCUGUAGCUUAGGCUGCUGGUGACUUUGGAUUGACUUUCUCUGAGGCCUGUUUUCUCUAGAGGACUCUGCUUUGAGCAUGUCGAUUCAUGAUCAGAGAGAUUUUCACCACUUCAUAAGUGUCAUGGCAAGGAUGGCUGAACCCCACGUGGAAAUCGUGAGCUGUUAGCUAUUUGUUAGCUGAAGUAUUAAAGAAAAAUAUCAUGGACUUUGUGCUGAUUUUCUGUGCUGGGCCAGAGUUUGAACAGAACUGUUGUAUAUGUGAUUACAUAGAGAAAACAAUUUUUUGGAGAAGAGUAAGGUGAAGAGAGUAAGUAAACGUGUUUUGAUUGGUAAGUGAUUUUCAAAUGGAGUCCACUUUUCUUGUUCAUAUGUUAGGACAGCAUGGGCGAAUAGGUCUGGUUAAUUUAUUUAUUUAUUUUGCUAUUUAAAUUUUUUUGUUAUUUAAUUUUUUUGUUUAAUUUUUUUUAAUUAAUUUUUGGUGGGGGGUAUUUCUGUCAUUGGUUGUCAUUAGUUCAUCUGUCAAGAGCCAGGAAGUACUGUUACAACUCGCAGCUGAUUUUUCUACCAACUUUGGCAUAAAAAGGAUAAGGAGCUGCAGUAACAAAUUAGGACAACAGUUUGUGGCUGAGUGUUCCUUCAGUACUUGAAAUAAGCAUUAGUUUAGUAAGAAAGAAAUUCAAUCCUGCAAUAAUGUGCACAUUUUUCUUUAACGAACUUAGAACUUAGUGAGAGGUUUUCAAAUGUUUUUAGGUUUUUUGAGUGGAUUUCAGAUAGAACAUGUAGCAUAUUUCAAUAGAUAUGCAUUCCAGGGUAAAGUGAAUGAACUGCUUAAUUUGAUUCACUGAUUCAGUUUUCUUCAGAGAAGCAAAAUAAAACAAACAAUAUCUAAAUUGACACGCCUUCUUUCCAGCAGUUGGUAUGCAGUAAAAUUUCCUCAUCCUUUUGGUUUGGAACUAAGCAUAAACAGGUUUAGCCCAAGAUUCACCUUUUCAGGAACCUAGUGGAUAUCCAACUCUUCAGGACUAUAAAACAUGUACCUAUGUUGAAUUCUUACUGAAAUUUAAUAGCCAAAAUGACAAAGGUAAUUAAAGUGUACAGUGAAGAUGACAGUAGCAAAGCUUUGGAAAUCCCAAGUGAUAUAACAGCCAGGGAUGUAUGUCAGCUGUUGAUAUUGAAGAACCACUAUAUUGAUGACCACAACUGGACACUGUUUGAAGAACUUACUCAUACAGGCUUAGAAAGACCUAUAGAAGACCAUGAAUUAGUGAUGGAAGUCCAGUCAAACUGGGGGAUGGAAGAGGAAAACAAAUUUUAUUUCAGAAAAAAUUAUGCCAAAUAUGAAUUUUUUAAAAAUCCAGUGAGCUUUUUUCCUGAUCAUAUGAUAUCUUUUUCAAGUGAGACCAAUGCAACUGUAAAACACUCUGGGAUAUUACAGAUGUUCCUAAACUCCAGCACGUAUCCUGAGGUUCAUGGUUAUUUACAUGCAAAAGAGCAGGGAAAAAAAUCAUGGAAAAAAUUAUACUUUGUUUUGAGAAGAUCUGGCCUUUAUUUUUCCACUAAAGGUACAUCUAAGGAGCCAAGGCAUCUGCAGUUUUUCUGUGAAUUCAGCAAUAGUGAUAUAUACAUGUCUUUGACAGGCAGAAAGAUUUCUGGAGCACCAACAAGCUAUGGAUUCUGCUUUAAGCCUAACAAAUCAGGAGGAACCAGAGACCUGAAACAACUCUGUGCAGAUGAUGAGCAAAGUAGGACCUGUUGGAUGACAGCAAUAAGGUUGUUUAAGUAUGGGAUGCAGCUGUAUCAGAAUUACAUGCAACCGUAUCAAGGUAGAAGUGGCUGCAGCCGUUUGAGUGUAACACCUAUGAGAAGUAUUUCAGAAAAUUCUUUAGUUGCAAUGGAUUUCUCAGGACACAGAAGCAGAAUUAUAGAAAAUCCAACAGAAGCCCUUUCAGUUGCAGUUGAAGAAGGAUUAGCCUGGCGGAGAAGAGGGUGUCUACGACUCAACUCGCAUGGUAGUCCUAUUGCCAUGUCUAACAUGGCUAUUCACAGAUCUCAGUCAUGGUUUCAUCAUAAAAUCUCUAGAGAUGAAGCUCAGAGACUUAUUUUACAGCAUGGGCUUGUAGAUGGGGUGUUCUUGGUACGUGAUAGCCAAAGUAACCCCAAAACAUUUGUACUGUCAUUGAGUCAUGGAUUGAAAAUAAAGCAUUUUCAAAUUGUACCAUUGGAAGAUGAUGGGAAGCUGUUCUAUACCCUUGAUGAUGGUCAGACCAGAUUUACAGAUCUCAUCCAGCUAGUGGAAUUCUACCAACUUAAUAAAGGAGUACUACCUUGCAAGUUAAAGCACUAUUGUGCACGUAUUCCUCUUUAACCAAAGCAUCUGUUGCUUCAUCAAAGGGAAGGGAAGAUACCAGAAUACUUUUUCUCCUGAAGGCAAUUUGUGUAGUAAGAAGGGUAAAACUGUUACAUUAUAAAGAUUCUAAAUUUUAACUACCAAAAAAUAUGAAGUACAUUCAAUAUAGAUAAGAACUAUGUGAUUGUCAAAGCAAAAUAACUCUGUGGUUUUAAAAUAUAUAUAUCAUUUCUUAUAUAAUUCUUUAGUGUUGUCUUGGACUUUUUUUCUUUUUUCCCAAUGUAAAAGAUUUUUUUUAAUGAUAUUGUGUACCUUCUACAGAAAUAUAACUGAAGAGAAAUUCUUUGUUCUUAGUCUUUUUUUUUUGUCUUUUCAAAUGUUUCUUAUAGUUUCUAUUCAUCACAUAGAAAAACAAAAUUUACUGUGUUAAGGAUAAGCUGAACUGCAUAUUUUACUUGUAAAUAAAAUGAAUAAAUAUUUUGCAUUAUAUUUUUGAAUGCUACUUUGAGGAUUAUCAUUCAAAAAGCAAAAAAUCAUUAAAACUACUUAUAACUGGUUAGCUGUAUUCAAUUGUGCUAUUACUUAAAAUUUUUGUCCAACUUAAUGACUAGAUUGACACCUUUAUGCAGAGAUGGAGCGUUGUUUCCUUGGUUGUGAUAUGUAUAAAUAUGCAUAAAGAGGUAUAUCUGCAGUCUCUAACACACAUACCCCCUGUUAAGUAACACGGCUUGUUUUAGAGCUAAGAAGAGAUCAACUUCAUUGGCUCUUAAAAUGAACAAAUAAAGGUGAAUACAAUGAUUAUUUCUUUUUGCUGAAAAA